CCGAAUGUUUUAAUAAUACGAGUAACAGUUUAAAGCGUUUAAAAAACGCAGACAUCGACACCUGAUAAGUGAUAUAACCACCUACAGUUCUGUGUUUGGGCUGUUGUACAGUAAAUAAUACCAGGUUUAAUUUCCAUGAAGUCAUGUUGUGUCCUUGGAGUGUGAUUGCCAUUGUUCUUUGCAUCAAUCUUCCCAGUUCAUCUUAUGGUGCAACACUUACAUUUGAAAAAUCAAAGGUCGUUGAAGAUAUUUUCAAAGUUUCUCCCAGAAGAUGGUCACAUGGAAACAAAGAGCGCCCUUUGGAGGAAUGGAAACAAGAGAUAGAGAGCUACAGAGGGAUUGCUGACCAGAUCAUAGAGAGGUCUGUGCAUGGUCCUGCUGCCAACCAGUCCUACGACAGGCUAGCUACAUUUGUGGAUAAGUUUGGAAAUCGUGUGGUGGGCUCACAAAACCUGGAGGAUUCCAUAGAUUAUUUGCUGGAUAAAUUGAAAGAAGAUGGUUUGGAAAAUGUCCACGGAGAAGAUGCCACGGUACCACACUGGGUACGAGGAGAAGAGUCAGCAGAAAUGCUGUUACCAAGGAGAAAAAAUCUUGCCCUCCUUGGUCUUGGCUACAGUGUGGGGACCCCUGACAAUGGUACACAAUCAGAGGUGAUUGUGGUAAGGUCAUGGGAUGAUCUUGAUCAACAUGCAAAGCAGGUGAAGGGGAAGAUUGUGGUGUAUAACCAGGAAUGGAUAAGUUACGGUGUGUCUGUAGACUACCGCAGUAACGGGGCAUCGAGAGCUGCAGCUUACGGGGCAGUAGCCACACUGAUACGCAGCGUCACUCCUCUCUCCGUCUACAGCCCACAUACUGGAAUGCAGGCCUAUGCAGAUGGUGUGAAGAAGAUUCCAACAGCAUGUAUCACAGUUGAGGAUGCUGAGAUGAUGGACCGAAUGCAGCAGCGAGGUGAGAAGAUCGUGGUGAAACUUGUGAUGGGAGCCAAAAAUCUUCCACCAGUCAAAUCCAGGAACACUAUAGCUGAGGUGGUGGGCAGUACAUACCCAGACGAGGUUGUUCUCUUUGGCGGACAUCUGGACAGUUGGGAUGUUGGUCAAGGGGCCAUGGACGACGGUGGUGGCGCAUUUAUUUCCUGGCAGGCAUUGUCCUUGAUCUCCCAGCUUGGACUCCGACCUAAAAGAACGAUGCGGAUGAUCCUGUGGACAGGGGAGGAAAUGGGAGGAAUCGGAGCUGAAGCUUACUACCAAGCUCACAAGGAUAACAUCAGUAAGUUUGAUAUGGUGAUGGAGUCUGAUAUUGGAACUUUCCAGCCAUAUGGAAUACAAUUUACUGGUAAUAAAGAAGCAACAAAAAUAAUGGAGUCCGUAGUUGAUUUAUUGCGACCAAUAAAUGCUAAUAAACUGAAAAGUGGGGCAGAUGGUACUGACAUAGCUAUGUGGAUGUCACAAGGUGUACCAGGCUCCAGUCUGUACAACGAUGAAUCCACCUACUUUUACUAUCACCAUACCAACGGCGACACUAUGACAGUCCAGGAUCCAAAAAAGAUGGACUUGUGUGCUGCCGUGUGGGCUGUAGUGGCAUUUACAGUGGCAGACAUGGAAGACAUGUUGCCACGGUAAAUCAGCAUAAUAAACCAUGAUGUUCAAACUAUGUGUUAUCAUGAUGGACAUUUGAGUGUAUAGAUCUACAUUUUCUUUUGUUAAUGCAACUUGAUGAUGAGGUAAAUUAUGUAUUUUUCGCAACUUUACAUAUUUUUAUAUUUAUUCCAGAAUAUAUUACAUGGUAAUGAUUAUAUAUGCAAUAUGUAGUUGUUAAGUUUAUUCCAGAAUGUAUUAACCAUGAUUAUCAAUAUUAAUUAUUCAAAACCAACCCUGAAGGAAUACCUCUUGUAUGUGAUGUUUCAUUAUCCCUAUGUAAUAUGGGUGAUUGAAAAAUGUGAUUCUUAUUAAACUAUAUUAUUUGUUUCUUGAGGUUAA